CUCGAGAAGGAGCUGUCGAAAAAACUUGAAGAGCUGGAAGGUGAGAUAUCGAGCUACCAAGAUGAAAUAGAGAUCGAAUUAGAAAACAGCCGGCCAAAAGCGAAAGGGGUGUAUGCAAAUUAUACCAAAGACUAUUGCAUGGAAGAUAACAUCUUGAGUAUAUUCGGCGAGGAGGAGGGAGAAGACGAAGAGCUGGAGGCGGCGGCCAACCAUUUAAACAAGGACUUUUACAGCGAGCUCGUCGAGAAAGACAAACUGCAAGAGAAGGAAGCUGCCGUCGCCCCGCCGGCCCUGGAGUCGCUGCUCGGCCCUCUCCCGACUGCGGCCAGUCUCGGGAUAACGGAGUCGAUAAAAGAGUGCAUAUUGACCAAGGGUCGGGACCACAACGAAAGUACUGGAGACGGUGAAUUAGAUCUAAGUGGAAUCGACGACAGUGAAAUAGAUAUGUAUAUACUUAACGAAACAGAAGCCAAAAUAAAAGCCGAACUCUGGAUGAAGGAGAAUGCAGAUUAUUUGAAAGAACAAAAGGAAAAAGAAGCGAGGAUAGCAAAGGAGAAAGAACUCGGGAUUUAUAAAGAACAUAAGCCCAAGAAGUCGGCAAAGAAACGGGAGCUGAUCCAGGCCAGCACAGCGGGAGAAGCCAUUGAAAAGAUGUUGGAACAGAAGAAGAUCUCAAGUAAAAUUAAUUACAACGUGCUAAGGGACCUCAACAGCAAAGGAGGCAGCCCGCCGAAGAAAGAGGAUGACGGUGCCGAUGACAGAGGCUCCACCAAGAAGCUGUCGAGGAGGAAAUCUCUCGCGGCUCGGAAUGCUGCCAACUCCAUAAACACCGUGGGGAAAAGGUAA